AAUUGUAAUCAAAUUUGUCUGAAGCCGAUAAUCUCCAUUUAUCCAUCUUCGAAAGAAACUUCAAGAAAGCAGCAGUAAACCGAGCGAUCUGAUCGUGCGUUACGUAUAUGUAUGCGAUAAAUCUUUGAUUAUAAGACUACAGAAUACUACACUGGAACUGAUCGGAAUUAGAAAGAGAUGCUACCGAGAGCCACGUGCACCUGAGGCAUUGAGCCACAUUGAGCUUCUGUCUAUUUUACAGUUGAGAGUUGAGACACGAGGUCGUUAUUAUAUUACCCAGCAGGAAAGGUUGAGAACUCGUUGCAGACUACAUUUAGUUUAUUUCAAACUCUGUUACCAAUUUAAAUUACCAUUUCUUGAUUUUACUUUAUCUUUGAUAUUCUGGAUAGAAUAAUAACAAAAUAACAGCAGCGAAUCUACCAACAUAAGUCGUAUAUGUGUGAAGAGGCAAAAUAGCAUAGAAAGAAUUUGCAGACUAUAUUCUGUUUGUUUUUGACGUGUGCUAGAAAUUUCUCUUCAAUUGUAUCGGAAAUUAAAUAUUUUGGAUCAGACAAAGAAGAACGAAGCAAUAGAAGAGAUUUGCAAAUCUUAGAGCUUUAAUGUUUUAAAAGUAUUUAAUACGUCAUUCAGAGUGUAUAUAUACGACCAGUUGAUAUUUAUAACUAAAGAGUUAUCGAGUAAAAACUGCAUUAAAUAUUGCAAUAUAUGCGGUAGAAACAUAAAAAAUCACAAUGGAAAUAAUAAAUAUUAAGGAAGUAAUACACACAAAUAUAGAUAGAUAUUCUUUGAAGGAAAUACAGAAUAUAAUCAAAGAAAAAUAUCAGAGGAUAAAUAAUCAGCUAAAUGCUAAUGAUUACGCGUAUAUAGAGAGAAAGUACAUUAAAUACUGUUUGGAACAUUUGAUUGAUGAAAUUAAUGAUUCUUUAAGUAAACACGUAGAAAUCGAAAAUGAAGUAACAUAUAAGAAAUUUAUUGAUGUGAGUAAUAUUAAAAGUUUUAAUGAAAUUCUCAGUCCUUUUAAUGAAUCAAAAUAUUACAAGCUUUUGAUGAAACACCACGACCUUCUGAUACAACACAAUGAAGAGGCCUUACUAAGACGUUUUAAAAAUAAAUUUCUGGAGCUUUUACUUAUUCAUAUUGACAUUGUACUUAAAGAAAUUGACUUUCUGAUAGCACUGGUUGAAUUUCUAGAUAUGUAUGAGAAAUCUGAACGGCACUUGGAUAUGACAAAAUUACAAUAUUUGGCCCUAUAUGCUGACAUAUCCAACGAUGAGUUUUUUAAGGCAGUCAAAAAUCUAAUUAUGAGUUUUAAUGCUAUCGACCAUGAUUUAAAAUUGAAACGAUUACAAAUUACGGCACAACUUUUACUAGGUGCAAGAUAUGUUACCUUAAUGGAAAAAUAUAAAGAAAUCAUCGGGGUCUACUUUAAGCCGAUAACUGUAACAAAACUGAUGAUUGACAAUCGAGCAGUUAUCGAAAUAAAAGGAGGAAACUUUCGUUUAAGCGACAAACAAAUUGCAAAUCCUAUAAAAUUACUCUUGUCAAACGAUCCGAAUAUAGAAGAAGUACGUUUUAUUUGCUCGGGUAUUAUAUAUGUCGAUGCAGAUUUUGAGAAUUGUAUGUGGCACGGAAAAAACAUUGUCGUGUACGCUAAGGCGAUUAGAGUUUGCGACACAGUUACAUGGGAUGUUUCUGGAAAAUCUGCGACAUCUUUAAAACCUUGUAAAGCAGGCACUGCCGAGGACGGCAAUGGCAUAAAUGGAGAAUGUGGAGAAUCUGGAGAAAAUGGUGGAAACGUAUUCAUCCAUGCAAAUAAUAUAUUUCAACCACAGCUACUUUUUAUAAAAUCCAACGGCGGAGAUGGCAGUGAUGGUCAAAGUGGCGGAGAUGGUAAAGAUGGAAAAGCUGGAACGGGUAUUUCUUACUUUUGUUUGAAAAACAUGUUUGCAAAACAUUUUUUUUUAACAGGAAAUGAAAAUAGACAAAUAACACUACAUACAAUAAAAUCUUUAGGAACGAUAUAUAUAUCAUGGCUAAAUGGUAAAAAUCUUCCAAUUAACAAUUUAAUAAAGAAAUCUUCAGAAUCUCAAAUUUAUGAAGAUAUAUACAUAGAAGCUGAGACUAAAGAAGGUCAUAGAAUUUAUUUUUCUGCUUCCAAAUUUAAUGAAAAUCUUGUAUUGUAUAAAGGCUCCGUAGGACAACCUGGAGGUCGUGGAGGUAUGGGGGGAUUAGGUGGUCAAGGAGGACAUGCUGGUAAAAUAAUUGGAUGUUCUAGCAUUAUUAUAAUUGCCAACGUAGGCAGAAAUGGUAAGAACGGUGCAACAGGGAAACAUGGCAAUUAUGGACGAAAUGGUUGGGAUAUGGCUUAUAUUAGUUACGAAUGGGACGAUCCAACAUAUUACGGUAAAGACGAGAAUACAGUUCUCGAACUAAAUUAUUAUGACGAUAACGAGAGUGACUCACAACGAAUUUAUAUACCUUAUCGUAAAUAUAUAAAAUCCAAACGUAUAUACGCUGAAAUAUCGAGUCGUCUUAUUCCAAAACCAACUAGUACGGAUUUCAUAGAAAAAGAAGAGCUUUCAAUACAGAUAGAACGUCAGAUUCAAGUUAUGACAAAGAAAAAUAUUUUACCAGAUUCUAUCUUUGCGCAUUAUUUUCAAUAUCUAAUUAAAAUCAAUAUCAAAUCGUAUCAAAAUUUUAAAGUACAAAUGGAAAAUCUUGCAAAACAAAUCUUAGAAAAAAUAAGAUAAAUAAGAUGCAACAGGUGCAAAAAAAUUCGCAGACGAAUAUUACACGUAUGAAACCAUCUUACCAACAUACAAAUGAUGUACACAGUAUGUCGCUAUGCAGUUGUUUAAACGAAUGGGCUUUUGUAUGCUGAAAAAAAAACCAACUUGACAGAGCGUAUCUACCAGUCACAAUAUUUGCUGAUGAGGCAUGGGAUUAAUAUUCGACUGACUAUCGUGAAGAAUGAGGUUGGCUUCUCAACGCAAAUAUCUGCUGGACAAUACCAUAAUUAUUAUUAUACUUUUAUUGAGGCAAAGAUAUAUUUUUUUAUUAGUUUAAAAAAAAAAUUUUUUUUUAAAGCCAAAUAUUAUUGAUUUUGGAAUAUUAUAAUGUUUUAUAUAUAAUAGAACGUUAUAAUAUUCCGAAAUUAAGAACAUUUUGGCUAUUUAAAAAUUUUAUAGAAUAUUCUGCUGGACAAUGUGUUUUAUUUUAAUAUAUAUUUGAAUGCGCGUACGCACAUAUUUUUUAUUUUUUUGUUAUAUACGUUGGUGUAUUUCUUUAUUGAAUUAUUUUAUUUUAUUGAUUUAUAAGUAUGUAUUUGUUAUCAAAUUUAAUAAUGUACGUCUUUCGAGCUAUCAUUAGUUUUUAACACUCUUUGAUCACAUAAUUAGGAGCUUCUGUAUUGAAAACAUAAUAAUACUGAUAGGGAAACAAAUAAAUGAUUGGUUAAUAAAAACAUAGAAAUAUAAACAAUGGACAAAGAAAAGAGAAUAAGAAAAUUCGAAAAAAAAGAAGAAAGUGCGAGUUCAAGAAUGAAAGAAUGUACAAUGAAAUUAGAUGGGUGAUAACAUUAUAUUCAUAACUGAAAAUAAAGAUUUCAUUAAUUAAUUAUCAA